AGAACGACGAUGCUAUGGAACAACAUGGGGCGGGGCUUGUCGGAAUACGGGUGGUAUAAACACAACACUUACAACGUUACAACGAACCACUAAAAACGACAUUCAGGCAUAAUAACGUCUCUUCACUUUCCGCGUAAACAUACAAGGUGAUUUUCAGCCGUUAUGGCCCGUACAAAGCAGACAGCCCGUAAAUCCACAGGAGGGAAAGCUCCCCGUAAACAGCUCGCCACUAAAGCUGCCCGUAAGAGUGCGCCCUCUACAGGAGGGGUGAAGAAACCGCACCGUUACAGGCCCGGCACCGUGGCUCUACGUGAGAUUCGGCGUUAUCAGAAAUCCACAGAGCUGCUGAUCAGGAAGCUGCCAUUCCAGCGCCUCGUCCGAGAAAUCGCUCAGGACUUUAAAACCGAUCUGCGGUUCCAGAGCGCUGCCAUUGGAGCCCUACAGGAGGCGAGUGAAGCUUACCUGGUAGGUCUGUUUGAGGACACUAAUCUGUGUGCUAUCCACGCCAAGCGUGUCACCAUCAUGCCCAAAGACAUCCAGCUGGCACGCCGCAUCCGUGGAGAACGUGCUUAACACACACACACUCGAUAUUACAAAAAUAUACACACACACUUUCCUAAUUACACCCUCUCAUAUGUCACACAAGGUCUGUCUCUCGCUGUGUAUCUAGUCACCGGCUGUGCUGCUGGUUUUAUGUGUGUGUGUGUGUGUGUGAUUAGUGAAAACCUCUUGAGUGUAACACAUAGAGGCUCCUGAUUGGCUGUAGGUUUUGGUGUGGAAUUGUGGGUAAAAUCUGCAUUAUUUGGGUUUAGGGUUAUUGGUUGUGUAUAGCGAGCUUCAUCACUGGCUGUAUUGUGCUCCGAUUCUCCUUGUGUGUGUGUGUGUGUGUGUGUGUGUGUGUGUUUGUGUGUGUGUGUGUUACUGAGUGUUUUUAUAUUUGUAUUAGUUUUAAUCUCAGUAUGAAAGUGUUUGUCACAUUUUCACCAGUUUAAGAACAGAAAUAAAAUAUAAAAAAUACAAAAAUAUAUAUUUUUUGCUCCACUUUUUUGCUGUCUUUCUCUCUGGCAGUGCGACAGAUUCAUAAACACACCACACACACCACUGUUUCAUUUUUAAUUUGACUUAUUUCUGCGCUCAUGUUUAUUAAUCAGUGUGUCGUUAGCAGGUGACUGCUCAGGUUUUUCUACAUUGUUUUGUAUGAAGUGUAUCUUGGGGUAUCAGAUUUUAUUCGAUAGAUAAAUAAAGGAGUUGUUUGUCCUCA